CUUACUCUUUUUUCCUGAAUCUUAUUUCGAGUUCAAAGUUCAUCAAUGGAGGAAGAGAAAGCAGCUGCAUACUAUGACGAGCUCACUAGGAAAGGUUCCGGAGCAGCAAGAUUCAAGCAAGGUCUUGGUUUCUCCUCCGGCGCCGAAGGAAGUAACCACGAUGAUGUCCCUACCAGAGGAUCGUCACUCCUCUCUUCUUCCUCAUCUUUUCUCAGCAGCUUCGUUAGGGCUUCGAGUCCAUCUAAGACAGAAGAUAUCCAUAAGAAAGUACAGAUUGAGACAAUCCAGAACAAGCUCAAGAAGAAAACACACGCCUCUGACAACCAGAAAUCCUCUAGGGUUUUGGAUGAUCGUAGUCGUGACAGGAGACGGUCGACUGAAAGAGAGAGGGACAAUGUUAAGUAUAGAGACCGAGAUAGACAUUCUAGGCAGAGGAGCCGGAGUUUGAGCCCGCACCGACGACGGUCUUCCAGCAGAGAUAGGAAUAGAGAUAGGAAUAGAGAUAGAGAUAGAGAUAGAGAUAGAGAUAGAGAUAGACGGAGAAGGAGAAGCCGGUCUAGAGAAAGGAGGAGAAGUAGAAGUGACUCUCCUCGUAGAAAUGGAGUGAAGAAUACGAAGCAUGAUAGUAAAGAGAGAGCAGCAACUAGUACUGUAAAGGACAAGAUUGGUGUGGUUGGUUAUGCAAAGAUGAUUGAUGGCUAUGACAAUAUGUCUGCAGUUGAAAGACUCAAAGCCAAGAUGAAGUUUCAGCUUUCUGAAGCAGCUGAGACAGAUACAAUUAAUAAGGGCAUGGGUCCUGGAUGGGAGCGAUUUGAGUUCAACAAAGAUGCCCCACUUGACGAUGAGGAAAUUGAAGCAGCUGUUGAAGAUGAUGCAGCAAUAGUGAAGAGGAUAGGGCAAAGUUUCCGGCUCUCUGCAGUCAAGGCAAAAAGGGAGGAACAAAUUAAGAUGGCUCAUGAUGAAGCUAUAUUUGGAACCUCUUCUUCUGUUAGAAUAAUAGAAGAUGAUGCGGAAGAAGAUGACAAUACAGACGCCAUACCUGCCGCCGCAAGUCUUGUCAACGAAAGAGUACUUGUAAUGCAACAAGGAUCCUGGCGUGAUCGUGCCCCCAGACGGUCGUAAGAACCAAUCAAUCUUAUUGGAUGAAAAGUGAGAAUAUCUUGGUUUGGAUGAAUUUGAGAUUUGUUAGGUGUGUUUCUACACAUGAGAACAAUCUAAGUGAGUUGAAAUGGUAGUUUUUUAAAAAAACAGAAAAAAUUAUUGUAUGAAUACUAGAGUUUAACUUUACAUUUUUGUUCAAUGUCAAAUUAAUAAAUUAGAGUUUUAUUAUGUAUAACUUUAAGAGAUAUUAUUGGGUUAUUUGUGAGUUUUUUUUUUUUGUCACAAUUA